GCUCAGGAUUUAUUUUUGGACUGCCAUGGCGCCUGUUCCUUCCAUUUGUAGGAAGGGGGGCCAAGCUGGGCUCAACAUGAACCUGCCGUUCUAACACUCCGGGCUGGGACAAGCAGGCAGCAGCUGGCCGGCCGCCCCCUAAAGCAGCAGUCCUACAGGGGAACCUGCCUGGAGUGCUUUGAACUCCACUAUCAAGUUUUUACCUGGGUGCUGAAGCACUCAUGGCUGUCGCUUAUGGCACUGUUACCCAGUCAGGACUGCUUUCCCAGCAGUUCCCCCCGCCUCUGCUACCCAAGCCUGGAAAGGACAACGUCCGUCUUCAGAAACUCCUCAAGAGGACUGCCAAGAAAAAGGCUUCUGCUCAGACAGCACAGUCUGCAACACCUUUCCGCUCCAGCCUUUCCCCUGUAAAUGAAGCUAGUCCUGACCUUGAGCACAGCGACCACUUCACUCCACCCCGGACCCCAGAGACACAACUCACCCUCUAUGGCAUCCAGCAACCCCCACGUUUCACUGUUAGGCCUCUCUAUCAGCAUGUGGCAUCUCCUUACCCACAGCGAGCAGCUUACAGUAGAGCAGCCAGGUUGUCGCCUCAAACGGUGGCCAUGCCUUCUUACUCUUACUCUCAGCACAUCACUACAGUUUCAUCAUAUUCUGCAUUGGCUAACAUCUCUGGAGUUUCAGCCUCUAUGGGGCAAGCUACUGAGGGGACUGUGCAUGAAUCAAAAAAGCCACCAUAUAACACAUUUACUGACACUCAUGUUGGUCUGAGACCUGCUUCAGCUGCAGCUACUACACAUUCAAAACCCACAAGUCCAGGUCCAACCCCAUAUCCAGUCCCAGGAAGUCAAGCUUUGAUUCGACCUCUCACUGUGUUGACACCACUCGUCAAAUCUAGAAGUCCACGUCCUACAUUUAAAGCAACUGAGCCCUCAAAAUCACCAAAACCAAUGUUUGAUGUCCCUAAAAUUAGGAUGUACACAGCAAGCACAUCCUACUAUGAGACAUCCAGGACACCACCAGUCUAUGAUACAGCUGGUUUAACUGCUAUUGGCAGCACAGCACCUCAGAGCAAAACAUCAAUGGAAACAAAACAAGAUUUGACUCCAGCAUCGGAGUUCAGAAGGAGUACAACAACAGCAGCUCAGCCUACCUCAAUGGGCACAGAUUCCCAGAGACAAACACCAACAACAGAAAACAAAAGAGGUGUGACGCCAACAGGAGAGAUUAACACAAUCAGGACUGAUACAUCUGAAGGCAAAGGAGCAACCCCAUCAUCAGAGAUAAAAAGAGCCACACCAACAUCUGAAAUCAAAAGAGCCACACCAACAUCUGAAAUCAAAAGAGCCACACCAACAUCUGAAAUCAAAAGAGCCACUCCAACAUCUGAAAUCAAAAGAGCUACUCCAUCAUCAGAGAUGAAAAGAGCCACCCCAACAGCUGAAGAAAGAGUUAAAACACCAACUUAUGAGUUUCAAACAUCAAAAACUUUUGCAGGACGGCCUAAAACUCCGGCAUACCUCAAAGCCAGGGCCACAACCCCUGUCUUUGAAAUUUCAAGACCCAAUCCUCUUUUGUUUGCAGUGUCACCAAUCACAGUAGAGACAGAGAGGUCAAGAACAUCUCAAACAAUUUUGACAACGAGUACUUCAUCCAUUUGCCAAACUGUGAAGACCGCUGAGCUUCCUGAGUCAUUACCAAAUGGGGACAUUGACUCUGACAUAACACCUACAGUUAAAGCAGUACAACAAAGUAUUACAAAGUCAAAGUCAGAACCUGAUCUUAGAGCAAAGAGUCCAACUAUACCAGCAGGCUCCCAAAGACCUAAAACUCCAACAUCUGUGCUAUCAACAUCAGAGGUGGCAGGCUAUCAGAGGCCGAAGACUCCGACAUACGAGGCCUCCCGACUUAUGACCAUAUCACCCGGCUACAAAAGACCAAAGACACCCACAUAUGGGGCAUCUGUUUCUAGUGUUUCACAUUUAGCCUUUCAGAGACCCAGAACCCCAGUUUCUCAAAAGUCCAAGUCUGCCUAUCGAGGACUUACACCAGCUGAGUAUGCUGCUUAUGGUGGCAUCAAAACGUACUCACCUGCCUUUGGCAUUUCAAGUUCAACAAUGCCAACAAAAGAGGAGUUAAAAGAUGAGAAAGAGGUUCCAGUAGAGCAAAGCCAACAACCAAGCACAAAGGAAGAAGCUACAAUGGAGGUCUCAAAAGUAAGAGAAACCCCUGAAGAUGUUGAUAAACUCCACAAGGAACAUGAGAAGGUUGCAUCUACCCCUUCAGUUCCAGUCAUUGUCGUUUCACAAGCAUCUGACUCCCCAGGAACAAUGUUACCACAAGAGACAAGUUUGGUAUCUGCACCAAAACAAGAAACAACAGUGGCACCAAAACCUCCAGCAACAGUGGGGAAAAUUUCAGAGAAACAAGAAAUGGAAAAACAAAUGCAAGAAACCAAACCAAAGACUCCUGAAACCAAAAAUUCUUUGCCUAAAGGUGGUGACAAAGAUCCCCUGAAGGCAGUCAAGAAACUUUUAGGGAAAGACAAAGUUCAGACAGCUAAGGAAAAAACUCCAAAUGAGAUAAAAGCUGAUGUUUCAGUCCAAAAUGAACCAAUAAAACCUGAUAACAAACUAAAACCUAAAGGCUCGAAGCCAGGUCCUGCAGCUCCAGCCCUGCCUGUAAAGGUACACGCUGCUGAAUCAAGAACCAAAGACACUGAAAAAGUUAAGAAAGCUGAAACGAGUUCCGCAGAUAAAGCUCCCUCUUCUCUUGAGAACAAAGAAGCAGAUGAGAAUCUCAAAGCAGCCGAGACCCUUCUCAAAGUCAUGCAAAAGCCAAAGGGGAUGAAGACUAAAACAAGUGGAUGGUCCCGACUCAAGAAGCACAUGGUGGUGGAGCAAGAGGAGCCCAAAUUUCCAGAGACAGCCCCCCAGAAAGAGAUCAGUGGGCAGGACCAGAGUGAAGAAAAAAUAAUACAAGAGAAGCCGGAGGAUAAGUCCAGCACCCAAGAAGAAAACCAAACCAAAGAAGCUCCUAAGGCAACAAAGAUGUGGGAUGCCGUCCUCUUCCAAAUGUUUUCUUCUAAAGAGAACAUCAUGCACCAGAUUGAGAUAAACAAGAGUGAGAAGGAAAAGAAGGAUGAGACAAAGGAUGAGCUAAAAGAGAUACCUUCAUUUGCGUACCGACUGCCUGUGUUGCUUUUUAGUCCAAGGUUUGACGCUAAGAAGCUGAAGGAGGCGGCAUCGAGGCCGGUCACAAAGAUUUCUACUGUGUUUGAAAUGGGUCUGAUUGGGCGAAAAGGUAAAGAUGAGGAACCAAAAGACUUUAAUAGAACUGCCAGAGGGUUCGCUGCAACUUAAGAUUCAUCUAAUGCGAAGUGUCCGAAGAAAAAAAAAUAAAAAAAACAAACACACACACACGCACACACACACACACACACACUUAAAAAAAAAAAAAAGAAAAAAAAGAACGUAGUGUGUUUGAUGUUAAGGUGAAGAAUUCUCAGCAGCAGAUGUACAGGUCUGGUUAUCGAAACAGUGCUGAGGAAAACUGGACCUGAAAUUUAUACUUGACAAAUGCUUUGUGUGGCUGGUUGUCCGGAUGUUACAUGUUUGUAUUUAUGGAUUAGCUGAAGGAGAAAGAGCUCCAUUUGUCUUAAAGUCGUUCAGACGUCAUUAAAGUGCUCAUGUAAACUAAAGUUUCUCAUUUGUUCCUUUCAUUACACAUCCAAAACAAAAGGUUAUACUUUAUUAUACACAGCAUUUUUUGUUGUUUAUAAACCAACUAUAUUUUUACAGAUAGUAAAAAAAAAAAAAAAAAAAAAAA